AACACUAAAUUACCGUAUAAUGAUGUUAAAUAAAAUUUUACAAAAAAAGUAACUAUCUAUGUACAAUAUUAUUAAUAUUAAUGAUCUCGCAUGUGUGUAAAUGAAACAGUGAGAGAAGUGGUGUGUUGGCAAUGAUUAGAACGAAAUAGUUCCAUAGCCAAAAUAUAUAUUUUUUGACUUUCCGCGUGUAUUUAAGAAUUUGUUUGGGUAUUUGUUAAGUUUGAACAUUUUUUUAAAUCUCUGGUGAAAUAAAAACGUUAUGUUAACGGUAAAAAAAUAUUACGUGCCGAAACCGUGGUCGCGCAUUAAUAAUGUUAAUAGUCACUUGUUUGUUUUCUCUUUCAGCCGUUUGUCUGCAGUCUGCAGUCUGUACGCCAUAUUGCAGUGUGUUUUAAUAUAUUACUGACCGUGAAAUAACGUACAGUUUGUGUUUCAGGAUUUUGUGUUAAUAUUGUGUAUUUUAACUUUGUUAUAUUAUUUAUUAUCUACUAUUGUAAUGAUGGAAUUUGUUAUCGUUUUGAUAUUUUGUGUGGUUCUUGUGAUUGCUGUAAUGGUAAUUGGUUCCGGGAUGGGGAAAGCUACUUCGUCGCAGCGUCAGAUGGACAUCAUUAACGUCGCUCAGAACUUAUAUGUUUUAAUUAGAAAAGGCGACUUGAAGAAAUGUGACGUUACGCAGACGACCGCGUUUCUUCUCAACAUCGCAAAGUCAACUGUUCUCAAGUACUACAAGAAAGACAUUGAAGAAGUUUCAACACCAGGAAAAAAGAGGAAAAAAAGGCCACAGGAAGGAAAGUCACUUGACACAGUCGACGAUUUCACAGUAAAUGCAAUCAGGAAUGCAAUUUACAGGAUGUACGCUGAAGGUUUGAAUGUUACAGUCGACACCAUUUUGAAAGAAAUCAGGGAAAGACAAAUAGAUUAUUAUGGUGGAAGAUCAAGUCUUCAUAAAUUGUUAAAGAAGAUGGGAUUUUCAUGGACAACUGUUGAUGGACGAAAAGCUUUGAUAGAGAAUGAAAACAUAGUAUUGCAGCGAAUAGAUUUCUUGAGAAAGUAUAAAGAAGAAAAAGAAAGAGGUGCCAAUUUCAUAUUUGUUGAUGAAACAUGGAUUUUCCAGAGAGGCAAGGCAUUAAUUUAUUUGAAAAUUUGUUCUGUGGUCCAAUACAAAGUAUUUCAUUUCCAUUUCAUAUAUUUUUCAGGAACUGUAUCAAAGUCAUGGCAGGACAAGAGUCUACAAUCUGCGAAGAGACGUACUGUUGGAGAUGGUAAAAGGUUUAUUGUUGUUAAUGCUGGAGGGCGCACUGGCUUUGUGCCAGGAGCAGGAUUACUUUUUGUUUCAGGUCAGAAGACUGCAGACUACCAUGGCGAGAUGAAUGGGGAAACUUUCUUGAUGUGGUUUGAAGACAUGUUGGUGCAUCUUGAGGAACCCAGUGUCAUCAUAAUGGACAAUGCUUCAUAUCACAGCACCCAGGUUGAGAAAACACCUACAACGAACUGGACCAAGGCUGCACUGAUCGCGUGGCUGGAGAAGAAUGGGAUAAAACAUGAAAAUAAUUUGUUGAAAGUGGAGCUGCUGAGAAUAGCUAAACAAAACAAGCCCCGAAUACGAUGGGCGAGGUGUGUGGAUCACGUGGAGAAGCUAAUUCAAGCAGACUGGGAGAGAGAAGUCCACAUAGACAGCGGCACCAUUCCUCCACUCAUCAUCCACCUCGGCGAGGAUAGUUCAAGUGAAGACAGUGACAGCGAAGAAUUUGAGGUUACGACACAGCAAGUAGAUGGAGACAGUGAAGUACUGGCAGUUCCUCUUGAUGAUUUACCCGGGUGUUCUUAUUGAGGUCUGUAUGUAAUAAACACCUGGGCAACUGUAAGUAUUGGGGUUUGAAACAUUUUUUUUUCUUUUAUGCAUUCCCAUUAAGUAUGUUGAUUACUGGAACUUUAUGUAUUAACUUUAUAUUACACGUAUUAUGAAAUUAAUAAUAAAUUUCAUUUCUGGAUUCGUAUAGGUGUAUGUGAAACAUUUUAUUUUGUUGUGUGUCUUCAUUUUUCAGUGAACUUACUUGGAAAACAAAAAGCCAGUCCCCAUCCAGGGCCACAAAUAAAUAAUGCAUAUAAGUGGUAUAGAAAUUACUGUCAAUUCUUCACCACAAUUUUACUGUUCAUAAAAUUAUGAUUUUGUCUAAUAAGUAUACUCAGGAAAAUGUAUAUAACCAUAUUUUUAUUUGUGGCCUUAACCGGCAAAAUGGUAGGGGUUUAUUAAAUAAAAGAAGAAAAUUCAUUUUUAAAUGUUUUCAUCUGAAUUUGUUAAUUUUAUUAAACCUUCAAUCCUUAGUCUUUUCCAGAUUGCUUAGAUGGACAGCCAUAUGUAUAAUUUACAAUACUUUUUUUUUCAGAUGCAGAAAACUGUGUUGAACUGUACUAAAUGAUGAUAUUUAUUGCUUACAUAAAUGUUGUAAAUUUAUAUAUUCUCCUAAAAAUUUACUUUAAAUUAUAUGUUAUUUCUUUAGCUAACAAACUUAUUUUUUAAUAUUUUUACCAUUGGGUAUCAUAAAUAAUGUUAUGAACAUAUACAUGUAUACUUAGAUCAUAUUCAAAUUACUUAUAUAUAUAUAUAUAUA